CAGGUGAAGUUAGAAAUGAGAAGACAGAUUGAAAAGUAUAAAGAGCUGACGGGACAAUUUCCUACUUAUAUUGAUGGUCAUCAACAUGUUCAUGUUACAGAUAUUCGAGAGAGCUACAGUCAGGUUCUCCAAGAAUAUAAUAUCAAGUAUACCAGACAAUGCGCUGAACUUCAUAUGGAAACUAUGGAUCAUAUGUCAGAAGAUUUGAAGAAUUUCCUGAUUUUAAAAGCCAAAGAAGCUCAAAUAUCCAAGCCUGUUUAUAAACAACAUGGAAUUUGGUCACCGGAUGGGUUUGUUGGUUUGAGUACCAUGGGAAGUAAUAUGAAUCUAGAGCGUCUACAUUCUAUCAUUACAACAGCAUUUACUGAAUGUGACAUGGGCAAUAACCCUGUAUGUGAACUAAUGGUACAUCCGGGUUAUCAGACCAUUGGUGAAGGUGGUUGUGGAGAUGGACCAGAUGACUUCAGCAAGUCACGUGACCGAGAGCAUGAGUUGGGAAUACUGACCGGGUCUGCCAUUAAAGAAUUUCUGAAAGAAAGUGAUAUCAUUCUCAUAUCGUACUGUGAUGUGACUGUCAAUUAG